AUGUCGAUUGCCUCUCGCUUUGGUGCCUUCACAUCCAAUCUUGACUGCUUGGUUUUACCGAAGCUCGCCGUUGCACUACCCAGAUUCAGCAUCGACGUAACACCCUGGCGGAUUCCAAGGCAUCUUCCACUUGCCGAUCCGCAGUUCAACAUUAGCCAAGGGGUUGAUGUCAUCAUCGGCGCUGAGCUUUUCUACUUGCUUCUGGAAAACCAGCAGAUCAUUCUCGAUACUGGCUAUCCAAUCCUCCAAAAAACCGUUCUUGGUUUCGUCGUCUGUGGCAAAGUCAUGGAACAAGCUACCACAGAGGUAGUUGUGCAGUCUAGUCAUCUCUGCACCGACGAGUCACUCGAUUCCCAGUUGGAAAGGUUCUGGGAGAUUGAGAAUCUUGAUAGCGAGAAGGCAUUCACUCCAGACGAGCAGUUCUGUGAGAAACAUUUCCAGCAAUCCAUUUCGAGAGACGAGAAUGGCCGAUACGUCGUUCGUCUUCCGUUGCGGGAUGAAUUGGUUUCGCUAAUCGGGGACUCGUAUACUCCUGCACUUCGUCGACUGCCGUCGAUGAAGAAGAAGUUUGCCGUUGACGAAAACUUUCAUGAAGAAUACAGUAACGUUCUGGAGAAGUACCAGAAGUUGGGCCACAUGGAGAGAGCACAACAACAAAGACUCGAGUUGUAUUCGAUGGAUCCAGCCAUGGUGCUAACGGCCUGUCGAUAA